AUGAAAAGCAUUUUUAUACGAAUAUAUUCAAUAUCUUUUCUUUUAGACAAUGUUGCUGAAUCUAUUGCCGAGCUCCUACCGAAACACCAAGCAUAUAUCCACAACCUUAAAUCAAACGGAUUUACUGUUGUGGGAUAUGCAAGGAAAUCGCCUGGAACGGAGGACAUUGCUACGAGACUACAAUUGUUACAAAAAAUGGUCGGCAGAUUAUUUAAAGUUUCGCUUACCGACAAAGCGUUUGUAUCGUAUUCAACCAAAGCAGCCGAUUCAAUAAGCUCAAGGGACUCCCACACGGAAAAAAAAACAUAUAUUGCAAAUGCACAACAUCUGAUCGACUUUAUACGCGGAACCGACACUAUUUGCUUAGUAUUUAUUGACUACGCCGGCUUUUCUAUCAACCCAUCCGAUAUCCUCGCAUUCAUCAAGUAA